GUUCAGGUUUCCCUGAUUUACCGCUUUCAUCUCUCUCUCUCUCUCUAUCUCUAAAUUGCCUUUGCAAAGUUUCCUCCUUUCUACGCAACAACGAACGCAGAUCUUAAUGCAGCUACAGUGAUUUCGAUCUUUUGAGUAAAAUAUAAGCUCUUGGUGAUUGGAUUGUUUCGAUCAGCAUCUGGGUUUCCUCAAAGCCAUUCUUAUUACUUUCCACUGAUACCAACCAUGUGGAAGUUCAAACCAUUUGCUCAGAAAGAACCUUCGGGUCUCGAAGGCCGGUACCUCGAGAUAGGAAGCCUCAAAGUCCACGUAAGAAACCUCAUCGCGGAAGGAGGCUUCUCCAGCGUUUACUUAGCUCAAGACACGAACCACGCGUCGAAGCAGUACGCUUUGAAGCACAUCAUAUGCCACGACGAGGAGUCGCUCGAGCUCGUGAUGAAAGAGAUCUCGGUCCUGAAAUCUCUCAAGGGGCAUCCGAACGUGGUCGCGUUGUACGCGCACGGUAUCUUAGAUAUGGGGAGGAACAAGAAGGAAGCUCUUUUGGCUAUGGAGUAUUGUGGGAAGUCUCUUGUGGAAGUGAUUGAGAACAGAGGCGCUGGUUACUUUGAAGAGAAACAGGCUCUUUCGAUUUUCAGAGAUGUGUGUAAUGCUGUCUUUGCGAUGCAUUGUCAGUCCCCACGCAUUGCUCACAGAGACUUGAAGGCUGAGAAUCUUCUGUUAAGCUCAGAUGGACUGUGGAAACUAUGCGAUUUCGGAAGCGUUUCAACAAAUCACAAAGUAUUCGAAAGAGCAGAAGAGAUGGGCAUUGAAGAAGAUAACAUUAGGAAAUACACAACACCAGCAUAUAGAGCUCCUGAGAUGUGGGAUCUCUUUCGAAGGGAGAUUAUAAGUGAGAAGGUCGAUAUAUGGGCUCUUGGUUGUCUUUUGUUUCGGAUAUGCUAUUUCAAGAGUGCGUUUGAUGGAGAAUCAAAGCUGCAGGUUCUAAACGGGAACUAUCGUAUACCUGAAUCUCCCAAGUACAGCUCCUCUGUUACGGAUCUCAUCAGAGACAUGCUUCAAGGCUCACCUGAUGAACGACCAGAUGUUACACAGAUUUGGUUUCGUGUCAACGAGCAGCUUCCUGCUAAUCUACAGAAGUCAUUACCUGAUCAACCACCUGAAAUGCAAUCUACUGACGUUUCACCAAAACCAGCAAGCAAAUCUUCUCCGGCACCUCGUAGAAGUCCACCACCGCCACCAUCAUCGUCUGGAGAACCAGCUAGUGGAGGCCCUCUCGGUGCCUUUUGGGCCACUCAGCAUGCUCAAACCUCCGUUGUAUCAGAAGACAACAAGCCUAGUCCUGCUGCUGCAGCCAGUAGCAGGACGAGAGUGUCAAAGGACGAUGCGUUUAACUCGUUUGUUGCUGACUUUGAUACGGCGAAGCUCGAUAACGGUAAUAAACCUGGAAAAGAAGAGGCGUUGGAGGCUGAGAUAGAGAGGUUAAAGGAUGAGUUGAAGCAAACAAAGUCAGAGAAGGCUGAGAUUACUGCUAAGUUUGAAAAGCUUUCUGCUAUCUGUAGAUCGCAGAGGCAAGAGUUGCAGGAUCUCAAGCAAACACUUGCCUCUAAAUCUGCUUCAGCCUCACCAAGCAGAGACUUGUCACAAAACCAAACAUCCCCAGGGAUGCGUUCCGUGUCUUCAACUCCAUCGAGAGACAGGGUUGAAGGAAGUGUUUGGGAUCUUCAGCAAACAGACAGAUCUGAUUGGUCAACAGGAAGCUCGGAUCCAAACUCAUGGCAACCUUUUAGUGAUGAACCAAAACCUGUGUUGGAAUCUCCAUCAAAGUCUGUGAGAACCAAAAGCAAACCAGCUUCUUCAGCUCCUGCUCCAGCAAGCCAAGGUUUUGAGCCAUGGGGGUUCGAGACAGAGUCCUUCAGAGCUGCUGCAACGUCUUCAGCGUCUGCAACACCAAAAUCUGUAAGUUCUGGCAGCAGUUCACAGAGAUUUGGGAACACAAAGAUGAGAGAUAACCAGAAAGCUGCUCAACCUGCUGGAUGGGCUGGCUUCUAAAAAGCUUUCACUCUAUCUCAAUGCUUAUUGCUAUUCCUCGUAUUACAGAAUCUUGAAUCUUUUUUUGUAGAUGAAUGACCAUUCUCUGUUUUUGUGCUGCUAUAUAUAUAUAUCCACUGUUUCUGUAGAUUGUUUCAAAUUUACAGAUUUGCUUUUUUGCGGAA